AAGGCCAGCGGAGCGUUGCCAGCACCAUCUUAGUUCAAGAUGGGCGAGGCCCUCUCCCAUCUCACUUUUAGAUUUAUUCAUUCGACCGACAUGGCGUCCACCGAGACAAACGCGUCAUCGCCGCCCCCGCCCAUGUCGCCGUCGUCGGCACCACGCGAGGACCAGCGGUGCAAGUACCCGUACAAGGCAUGCUUCCACCCGCGGUCCAUCAAGAAGGAUGGCGAGGCGCACUCCCUGUGCGAGUUCCACCGGAAAAAAGCCAACUCGAUCCAAAAGAUAUAUGCCACAAAGCGUCGCCAGCAACUGCGGGCGCUCAAAAAACUCAAAAUCCUUCAACACAAACACCGACCGGACGAGUUCGACGUGACGGCGCUGCCGGCCCCACUGCCCCUCUCACAUAUCCACAACGACGACCAGUCGGACGUGGACCGUAUUCGAUCCUUGCCAGACCACUCCUCGCUGCCUUACGAAGACGCUGUGUUCCAUGCGCGGCUGCAGCACCAGCGAAGACUGAACGAAUCGGCGCUUCCCAUCUCAUCCGUGGCGUCGCGGAGGCCGUGCCUGUACGACAUGAAUUUCCUCCUCAACCACGCUUGACCACAACAACCUAUGCAUGAGUUUACCCGUUGCUCUGCCGGAGUCAGUAGUUGGCUGGUAUUGAAUCCUUCGCUCCUUCA